AUGUUGGCGUUCCAAGCUGCCAUUAUGCUGCUAUUGCUCAGCUGCUUCAGCCUCAUCCUACCUUGCACAGGAGGAGGAAGUGUCUGCAGCUGCAACAUCACCAACAGCCGCUGUGAUGAGUUUGGAGUGUGCAGGUGUGACCCGGGUUGGGAUGGGGAACUUUGCGAGUACUGUGUGCCGAUGCCCGGGUGCGUUCAUGGUUCUUGCCUGCAGCCGUGGCAGUGCACCUGUGAACCAGGCUGGGGAGGACGGUUCUGUGACAAAGACCUGAGUGUGUGCUCACAAGAGCAGCCAUGUCAGAACGGAGCCACCUGUGUGAUGGAGAACACCGGCGACUUCACCUGUUUAUGUCCUGAAGGAUUUCAUGGACCCACCUGCCGAAAGAGGACUGGGCCAUGUUACCAGAAGAGGUCUCCAUGUAAAAAUGGCGGUCUGUGUGAAGAUGCUGAGGGUUUCGCCGCAGAGCUGACAUGUCUCUGCCUCGCUGGUUUCACAGGACAGCUCUGUGAGACCGACAUAGACGACUGUCUGAUGAUGCCGUGUGCCACUGGUGCCACCUGCGUGGAUGGCGUGAACCGCUUUUCGUGUCUGUGUCCCCUCGGCUUCAUCGGGCGUUUCUGCACCAUCAGUUUGGAUGACUGCUCCAGCCAGCCCUGCCUAAACGGUGGCCGCUGCCUGGACCGGGCUAGAGGUUUCCACUGCAUCUGUCAGCCUGGCUUCACGGGAACCACCUGUGAGACACCGCUAAACCGUGGCAACGCCAGCAGCAGCAACACCAGCAGCAGCAACGCCAGCAGCAGCAACACCAGCAGCAGCAACACCAGCAGCAGCAGCAACACCAGCAGCAGCACCAGCCAACACAGUUGGGGGACACUCGGCUGGGACAGUGGUCUCCAUGAGGACAGGCCACUGAAGGUUACUGUCAGCGAGCGCAGCGCCGCCAGCCUGUCAGGCCUACAGCUCAUCAUUAUUCUGGUCCUGGUGGCUGUGACUCUUGGUGCGUUGGUGCUGACCACCAUCCUCAUCACAUGGGGUCACUGCAGGGACUGUUGCCCCGCCCCCUGCAGGCCACUAUCGUCACAGGGAAGUGAAAGAAACAGCCGACAAGCGCCGUGUGAUGAGCCGGAGUGUCAGAUUAGUUUCCUGAACACAACAGAACCACAGAAGAAAAGACUCAAUGUGGAAGUGGUUCAGACUUAG